ACUUAAACAGGUAAAACGUGGAACAUUUGGUGCAGGCACUGUUUACGAAGUACUGUUAGAAAGAGAAAGAUGGCGGUGCCCAGCAGAACUCAAGUGUUAUCUCUGUAUCGACUGCUUUUAAAAGAAAGCAACAACUUCCCUUCAUAUAACUUCAGGACGUACGCCCUACGCCGUGUACGCGAUGCCUUCAGAGAGCACCGUUGUGUAGAAGACCCGAAACUUCUUGAUCAGCUGUUAAACAAAGCUUGUGAAAACCUGGCCAUCAUCCAGAGACAGGUGGCCAUAGGAAAGAUGUACGAGACUCAGAGGACAGUGGUGGAGUCAGAACCAAAGAAACUGAUCUGAGCGAGCAUGGAGGAAGAGGAAGGUGUUUUACAGGAAAGAAGUGGAACAGUGGUUUGAGUUACAGGAGAUGAGUGAUGGUGGUGGCAUUUUGGACUGAUGUUCUAAUCUCUGUUCACAGAUGACACUUCAUAAAAAUUAACACUGUCUUGUUCUGAAAAGCAGCAACACAGUAAAACCACCACGCAUUCACACAUUCGGCCUUCGUAGCCCAAUAGUCAUGUUUUUAACUGUGGGUAGAUGUCACUAUAUGUAUAGUUUGUCUAUUUUCAAUAAAGUUAUGUUAGUUUCCAUUAUCACAA